AUGCGAUGGCUACUUCUAAGUGACCUUCACUUCAAGAACCGUGACUUGGAUCGCGUGCGACGAACAGCUCAAUGGAUCGUUGCAGAGGCAGAAAAAAGACAGGUUGGGCGGGUGGUGAUCUGUGGCGAUCUUUUGACCAGCCGAACAAUGCAGCCGACGCACGUUUUGUCUGCAUGCUAUCGCUUCAUCAGUAACUUGAGCGAUGUCGUCCCACGAGUUCAUAUUAUCCUCGGCAACCAUGAUCUCGCAUACCGUCGUGACUACCAGACGACAGCUCUCGAAGCACUCAACAUUAAACGACUCGCCCCGCACGUUUCGCUUCACAGCGUCAUUGAUCGGCAUGAGUGGGAUGACCGACAAGUUUUGCUUCUUCCCUUUCGCGAAGAGCAAAGCGAGCUCACAGAAGCAGUGGCUGCCAUCAAUCCCGAUGAUGCGAGCAAGACAGUUGCAUUUGCUCAUCUCGCAAUCAACAAGGCCAUUCUUCAACGCUUUACUCCACACACGACCAACCCCAUCACCUAUCGCGGUUUAACAGGCCCGAAUCAUUUCGCUUCCCUAGCCCGAACCUUUACAGGGCAUUUCCAUAGCCAUCAAACCAUUACUCAAGGCGACCUCGAGAAUAAUGAGGAGGAUCUACACGGAAGCGUCACAUACUUGGGAUCGCCCUUGCAAUUGAAUUGGGGCGACCUCAAUGAUGAACAACGAGGCGUUGUUCUAUUCGAUCCACAGACACUUCAGCACGAACUACUCAUCAACCCACAUGCUGUCGGCUACACAACAGUUGACGUCCAGCAGAUCCUUGAUGGCCAGGUCGACCAGAAUACCAUCAGAGACAAACAUGUCAUGCUUCUCGGCACGCCCAACCAUCUCAACUAUGUCACAGCACGAGAUUCGCUUCUUUCGCUAGGUGUACGGAGUGUACGAGAUUGGACUCAAACAAAAUAUCUCUCGAAAUCCAACCAAAGACCUUUGGACACUCUCGGAUCAUCAGUUCCGACUAGCGACGCCGCAGUUCAACCCUUGGGUGAGCCUAUGAUUACACAAGAGGAUUUAGCCAUGACCAGUGACGCUGAUUCCGGUACUACUUUCGACACUCAGCCUGAAGUAAAGACACUCGACCUCAUCGCAGAGGCUCGCGAAUAUGUCGAACUGCUUGACCUAGAUGAAUCUCUUUCCUCACGUCGAGAUGAACUGGUGCGAGUCGGCCAACGUAUCAUCCAGACCUCCCGCGAGAUUACGGACGAAGAUAGUGAUCUUGAGGUCAAGUAUCAAGACUUUCUUAACAGGUCUGUUCAGACCGUGGGCGCAAAUGCCUCAGGUAGUUUGGAAGAUUCUUCUACGGAUGUAUUUGUUGCAGAACCACGCACUCUUACAAUCACCAACUUCCUCGGCGUCCAACAUAUCAUCACCAUCGACUUUCGAAGUGACUUCCCACGUGGACUGACCUUACUAGUUGGCGAUAACGGUUCAGGCAAGAGCACAAUCGUCGAGGCCAUAGUAUGGUGUCAGUUUGGUCGAUGUAUUCGCAGCGGGUUGGCAGUCAACGAUGUCCUCAAUGACAGCAUCGGCAAGAACUGCUCCGUCACGCUAGAGUUCUCCAAUGGCUAUGCCAUCACAAGGUAUCGGAAACACAAGGUCCACAAGAACCGUGUCGUCGUUACGCUACAUGGCGAAUCGCAACCGCAUCUUGAGCGUCCAGAUGCGCGGACAACACAGGCGGCAGUCAACGAACUUCUCGGUACCGACUUUGAUACAUAUAUCAGGACAGUCGUGUUGAGUCAAGAAAGUGCAGCGAGCUUUCUGAACUCGACGCCAACACAGCGACGAGAGCUGAUAGAGGCGUCACUGGGACUUCCGAUGCUGGAUCACUGGGGACAGAUGACAAAGAUGCUCCUCAAGAACAUCGACGCCGAGGUUGCCAGGGUGCGGAGGAAGCUGGAAGGUGUGACUCGGACAAUGAAAGAGAGUGGACGGAGGGUUGCGGAGCUAGAAAGGACACACACAAGACUUGCAAAUGAGGCAUCCAAGGCCGUUGCGUCUUUAGAGUCCGUUAGUGGCCAGCAAACAGCCACAAAACCUCAAAGCAGCAAAGAAAGACCUUGUGAUACCGCGGUCAUCGAGUCAAGCGUGGACCCUCGCGUCAGGAUCUCAGAUUUACAGAAACAGAUCCAUCAUGCGCAGGCUGACCUCGAACACCUGAAGAGCUUUCGUACCGAGUAUCAGAGACGCCAAAGGCCGCUAGAGCCUACUGGAUUGAUUGACAGACUACAGGCACACGUUCACCAAACGAUUGAGGGCAUGGCAACGCAUCGCCCCACAGGUCUGCGAAAGCUUUUCCACUACAUCAAGUACAUGAUCCUCAACUACGCCUCUAUCACCAUCGCAUCCUACAGAUCCAUGUUUGGAGAUUCUGAAGGUGGCUGUGAAGAACAGGACGCGCCAAACCAAGAAGAAAUAGCCGUGGAUAAGCUCGACCGCGAGAUUGAGGAGAUUACAUCACGGUUGAAAACCUUGAAGCAUGAAGAGAAACGCGCUAUCAAUCAUGCUCUAACAAUUAGCGAAAAUGCUGCAAGGUCUGCCAGAGCUCAACAAGCGCGUGAAGAACUACAGAAACAAGUCGCAAUCAAGAAACACGACACAGCUACUUACAAACACUUGGCAGAAACCGAACGACAGUCGAUGCAGCGUUUCAAGUCAGAACACGACUCGUUGAUGAAGGAUCUGCAACGAAUUGCUGAAGACCGCGAACUCUUUGAGUUUUGGGCCUCUUCUCUAUCCAAGCGAAAUCGUAACUCCUCUUCUACUUCAACGGCCAAAUUGAAAGAGCGAGCUGGCAUUAACUUUCGAGAACACAUUCUAUUGAAGUCGAUAACAGAGCUUAACGUCCUUCUCGCUCAGAUACUGACGGUGCUGUACGAUGACACACGCCACGCCAAUAUAGCAACGGGGAUGCUUCAUUCGAUCUUCAACACAGAUGCAACUGGCGCACUGACUAACGAAUCUAUUCCAGCAUCAGUUCUCAAUGCAAAACUUGCAGUCAACUCAUCACUCUCUUACGGCAAGCGCUCCAGUGGUGAGCGCAAACGGGUCGACCUUGCACUCUUCUUCGCAUUAUUGCAGCUGGCACGGGCCAAGAGUACACAUCGCGCACACUAUGUGCUGAUCGACGAGGUGUUUGAUAACUUGGACAAUGCAGGCCAGGCGUCUGUUAUCAAGUGGCUUAGCGUUAUGUCGCAGACGGUGGUGGGUUGGGUUGUGGUAAUUACUCAUAGCCAGUUUUUGAUUGAACAAGAUCUGGGCCAGGAUUCGGCAAAGGCUCUAGUUGUACGGACGAGUAUGGGACAAGACGGCACAGAACUGUCAGCAAAUGAUUGUAAAAUAGGCAGAGACUGA